AUAUAAGGUUAAAGGAAUCAUAUGUCAAAGUCAUUUCCAUGCACCAAUUUUAUUGGUCAGAAAUGAGUUAGUAUGGUUAAGUAUUUCACACUGGAUCAUCUAUUUCUAAUAUUAUAAGCUAAAGGACCAAGAACUGAAAUUAUUAUAACCUCAACUUGAACUAUCCAUACAUAGCCACUUUACACUCACUCUUGUGUUGUUGCCUUCAUGGCCAAGCCAGUGUCCAUUGAGGUAUGGAACCCAAGUGGCAAAUACAGAGUUGUUAGCACCAAACCAAUGCCUGGAACUCGUUGGAUCAAUCUUCUCGUUCAAAAUGAUGUUCGCCUUGAAAUAUGUACCGAGAAGAAAACGAUUCUGUCAGUUGAAGACAUCAUUGCUUUGAUUGGUGAUAAGUGCGAUGGAGUUAUUGGACAGCUGACUGAAGACUGGGGAGAACAGUUGUUCUCUACUUUGAGCAAAGCCGGAGGCAAAGCUUUCAGUAACAUGGCUGUUGGUUAUAACAACGUGGAUGUUGAUGCUGCAAACAAGUAUGGUGUUGCUGUUGGAAAUACUCCUGGAGUGCUCACUGAGACAACAGCUGAGUUGGCAGCUUCAUUGUCUUUGGCAGCUGCUAGAAGGAUAGUUGAGGCAGAUGAGUUCAUGAGGGCAGGAUUAUAUGAUGGAUGGCUACCUCAUCUAUUUGUUGGAAACUUGCUCAAGGGACAAACUGUUGGUGUAAUUGGAGCUGGUCGAAUUGGAUCCGCUUAUGCAAGAAUGAUGGUUGAAGGGUUCAAGAUGAACCUAAUUUACUAUGAUCUCUACCAGUCCACACGACUAGAAAAGUUUAUCACAGCCUAUGCUACAUUCUUGAAAGCAAGUGGUGAAACCCCCGUGACUUGGAAAAGGGCAGCAACCAUGGAUGAGGUCCUCCAGGAGGCAGAUAUAAUUAGUCUUCAUCCUGUCUUGGAUAAAACCACUUAUCAUCUAGUCAACAAGGAAAGACUAGCUAAGAUGAAGAAGGAAGCAAUUCUUAUAAACUGCAGUAGAGGACCUGUUAUUGAUGAAGCUGCACUUGUGGAGCAUUUAAAACAGAACCCGAUGUUUCGAGUAGGCCUUGACGUGUUUGAGGAAGAGCCCUACAUGAAACCCGGGCUUGCAGAGUUGAAGAAUGCCAUUGUGGUACCCCACAUUGCAUCUGCCUCCAAGUGGACUCGUGAGGGAAUGGCUACACUAGCAGCUCUAAACGUGCUGGGGAAGAUCAAAGGGUACCCAGUUUGGUUUGAUGCCAAUAGGGUUGAACCAUUCCUCAAUGAGAAUGCUCAACCACCAGCUGCAUCCCCAAGCAUUGUUAAUGCAAAAGCUCUGGGUUUGCCAACUUCAAAGCUAUAAACAUACAUGGUUCUAUCCUACAAGGGCCUUCAAUUGCACAAAUGACCAAUUUUUGUCUGUUGAGUUGGGCUCUGUGGCUAGUCUGCUCUUUUUUUGUGUAUGUGGGGUGCUGAUGGCACUGUGCAUAUAAAGACUGUCAGGUUAAUAAUAGCAUCAUGUGUUUGUAGUAUUUCAAACAUUAAUUAAACAUAAAUGAAGUUAUACCUUAUGUCCCUACACUAGUUUAGUUGGAUUGUUUUUACUUUUAAAGGUUAACAACA